AUGGAACACUCCAGUGACAACCUGUUUAGUGAGCUUGAAGCGCGUUACUGCCCCCCAGUGGACUCUGCGUUGUUCGCGGCUGUGGCUUCGGAUUUUGACCUCACAGAGCCGACAGCUGCCAAGGAGCUUUGCCAUAUCCUUGACUCAAUCAAGGAAUCAGCUCUAGAGCAAGAGGAUCUGCUAUUUGACCCAAGUGGAACCUUCAACAACGAUGUCAACGAUGCUGCACUAAGCGGGCAACCCGACACUGGCUCCUCGCCUCCCACAGAUACCACCAAUCUUACUUCCAACUUGGUUCCCAGUGACAACGAUGGCAAGACCUCUUCUCAGAGCAAAUCACAGGCUGCGUACACAGUGGGCACGGAUGGAUCUUUGCAAUUCUCAAGCGGCUCACAUGAAGAUACCGUCGAUGCACUCGCACAGAUGUUUCCUACGAUUUCCCUUCUUGAUAUUCAACAAAGCUUGAAGAAGAGCGGCGGAGAUCCCACUAAGAGCAUGGAUGUCCUGCUCAACCUGGCCUUUUUUGAUGAGGCGCAGGUAGCGGAUGGUGACAUGAAAAUCGAUGUACCCAAAGGCAUCGAGGGGUUUCUGGAGGGCAACGGCGAUAUUGGUCAUAAUAAGGGUCGCAAGAAAAAGCGCAGCAAAAACCAGAAACUCCGUCAUGAAGCCAUCAGUUCGUCUGGUGAUGCCCCUGCUCCUAACAAGUGGGAAUCUGGCAAGGCCGAUAUCGAGUUCAUAACUUCGCGCACCCCAGAUCUUUCAAAGGAAAAGGUAUCAUCAAUUUACCACGCCAACCGAGGCUCUUUGUUUCCUACUAUUAGAUCGAUUGCCCUUGCCAACUGUCCGAAGGAUGUGCACGAAAUUGAUGAGGAUCCCGUCAUGCUGACGCAAGUUGCCGAGCUUGCUGGGGCUUUCCCUAAUCUCCAAACCACCACUCUCAUCGGGCUUCUCAGAGCCACACGCAACAUGCCGUCAGCCGCGAAUGACUUUGCAGCUGUGCUGGCUCGGAGACCUUCGUUGUCCGAUGUGUCAAAUAUAAUCAAAUUCACCGCAACACCUCUUGACCUAAGCGAUGAGGACGUUGGCGCCUCUGGUUCUGGGAGCCGGGCCAGCGAGAACGCGGCAGGUGAUUUUGAUUAUGUGCAGGCAAAGGCAGCGGCAAAUGCCUCUUUUGCAGCGGGGUCGGCUGCUUACAAUCAAGCACGCGAAAGCUAUCGUCGUUCCAAGUCAAAUCAUCUGUAUGCUGCCGCCACGGCUGUGUACCGAGAAUCCGCCGAGGAGGCUUUUCUGCGUGGAAAGGCACAGCUAUCGCGUGCAUCUGAUCAUCUUGUGGACAGCCAGUCCACCAAGUACGACCUGGAUCUUCACGGUAUCACAGUUGCCAAUGCAGUUCGCAUUGCCCGUGAGCGGGUCUCGGACUGGUGGGACAGGCUGGGCGAUGCGAAGUAUGUUCGUGGCGGUGGGAAGCACGUUCACGGUGGUUAUAAGAUCAUCACCGGUGUUGGCAACCAUAGCCAUGACGGCACAUCCCGGCUCGGACCCGCAGUUAGCAGGAUGCUCAUCCAAGAAGGUUGGCGAGUGGAGAUCGACAGAGGUUUCCUGCUAGUCACCGGCGUCGCCCGUGCCCGCUAG